AUGUGGCCCCAGUCUCUGUACCACGAGUUGCCCAUUACCCUCUCUCUGCUCAUCAGCAUGAAGGUGGUCAACAAAGUCUGUUCCCCUUAUACUAAUUUUGUGUUGGGGAAUGCCCAAAUAGUGGACUGGCCCAUCGUGUACAGCAAUGAUGGAUUCUGCAAACUGUCUGGCUACCACCGGGCGGAAGUGAUGCAAAAAAGCAGUGCUUGCAGUUUUAUGUAUGGAGAGCUGACCGAUAAGGACACGAUUGAAAAGGUUCGCCAGACCUUUGAGAACUACGAGAUGAAUUCCUUUGAAAUUCUGAUGUACAAGAGGAACAGGACACCCGUGUGGUUUUUUGUGAAGAUCGCCCCGAUCCGGAACGAGCAGGAUAAAGUGGUUCUGUUUCUUUGCACAUUCAGUGACAUCACCGCCUUCAAGCAACCCAUCGAGGACGACUCAUGCAAAGGUUGGGGGAAGUUUGCCCGGCUGACCAGAGCUCUGACAAGCAGCAGGGGUGUCCUGCAGCAGCUUGCUCCCAGCGUCCAGAAGGGCGAGAAUGUCCACAAACACUCCCGCCUGGCAGAGGUCCUGCAGCUGGGCUCGGACAUUCUUCCCCAGUACAAGCAGGAGGCGCCAAAGACCCCGCCUCACAUUAUCUUGCACUACUGUGUCUUUAAGACCACGUGGGAUUGGAUCAUCUUGAUCUUGACCUUCUACACAGCCAUCCUGGUCCCUUACAACGUCUCCUUUAAAACCAGGCAGAAUAACGUGGCCUGGCUGGUGGUGGACAGCAUCGUGGAUGUCAUCUUUUUAGUGGACAUUGUUCUGAAUUUUCAUACCACCUUUGUCGGGCCAGCGGGGGAGGUGAUCUCUGACCCCAAACUUAUCCGCAUGAACUACCUGAAGACUUGGUUUGUGAUCGACCUCCUGUCCUGUUUGCCGUAUGACGUCAUCAACGCUUUUGAGAACGUGGAUGAGGGCAUCAGCAGCCUGUUCAGUUCUCUGAAAGUUGUGCGGCUGCUCCGUCUUGGGCGAGUGGCCCGCAAGCUGGACCAUUACAUCGAGUAUGGAGCUGCGGUACUGGUCUUGUUGGUGUGCGUGUUUGGGCUGGCUGCCCAUUGGAUGGCCUGCAUCUGGUACAGCAUUGGGGACUACGAGAUCUUUGACGAAGACACCAAGACGAUCCGCAACAAUAGCUGGCUCUACCAACUGGCGAUGGAUAUUGGCACUCCAUACCAGUUUAAUGGGUCUGGCUCGGGGAAGUGGGAAGGUGGGCCAAGCAAGAAUUCUGUCUACAUCUCCUCGCUAUACUUCACCAUGACCAGCCUCACCAGCGUGGGCUUUGGGAACAUUGCCCCAUCCACAGACAUUGAGAAGAUCUUCGCGGUGGCCAUCAUGAUGAUUGGCUCUCUCCUGUACGCCACCAUCUUUGGGAAUGUGACAACCAUUUUCCAGCAGAUGUAUGCCAACACCAACAGAUAUCAUGAGAUGCUCAACAGUGUCCGGGAUUUCCUGAAGCUCUACCAGGUGCCCAAAGGGCUGAGUGAGCGGGUCAUGGACUACAUUGUGUCCACCUGGUCGAUGUCCCGAGGCAUCGACACAGAGAAGGUCCUGCAGAUCUGUCCCAAGGACAUGAGAGCUGACAUUUGCGUGCACCUGAACCGCAAAGUGUUCAAGGAGCACCCCGCCUUCCGGCUGGCCAGCGAUGGCUGCCUGCGGGCCUUGGCCAUGGAGUUCCAGACAGUGCACUGCGCCCCGGGGGACCUCAUCUACCAUGCUGGGGAGAGUGUGGACAGCCUCUGCUUCGUGGUCUCAGGCUCCCUGGAGGUGAUCCAGGAUGACGAGGUGGUGGCCAUCCUAGGGAAAGGAGACGUGUUUGGAGAUGUGUUCUGGAAGGAAGCCACGCUUGCGCAGUCCUGUGCUAAUGUUAGGGCCUUGACCUACUGUGACCUCCAUGUGAUCAAGAGGGACGCCCUCCAGAAAGUGCUAGAGUUCUACACAGCCUUCUCCCACUCCUUCUCCCGGAACCUGAUCCUCACUUACAACCUGAGGAAGAGGAUUGUGUUCCGGAAGAUCAGCGAUGUGAAAAGGGAAGAGGAGGAGCGGAUGAAGCGGAAGAACGAGGCCCCCCUCAUCCUGCCCCCCGACCACCCCGUCAGGAGGCUGUUCCAAAGGUUCCGCCAGCAGAAAGAGGCCAGGCUGGCAGCAGAGCGAGGGGGCCGAGACCUGGAUGACUUGGAUGUAGAGAAGGGCAAUGCCCUCACAGACCAUACCUCAGCCAACCACAGCCUGGUGAAGGCCAGUGUGGUCACAGUGCGUGAGAGCCCGGCCACACCGGUGUCCUUCCAGGCAGCCUCCACCUCCACAGUUUCAGACCAUGCCAGGCUGCAUGCGCCAGGAUCUGAGUGCCUGGGUCCCAAGGCAGGCGGUGGUGAUUGCGCCAAGCGCAAAGGCUGGGCCCGCUUCAGAGAUGCUUGUGGGAAGGGUGAGGACUGGAACAAGGUAUCCAAGGCGGAGUCCAUGGAGACACUGCCCGAGAGGACAAAGGCGUCAGGAGAGGCCACACUGAAGAAGACGGAUUCGUGUGACAGUGGCAUCACCAAGAGCGAUCUGCGCCUGGACAAUGUGGGUGAGGCGAGGAGUCCCCAGGACCGGAGCCCCAUCUUGGCCGAGGUCAAGCAUUCUUUCUACCCCAUCCCCGAGCAGACGUUGCAGGCCACAGUUCUGGAGGUAAAGCAUGAGCUGAAGGAGGACAUCAAGGCCCUGAACGCCAAGAUGACCGCCAUCGAGAAGCAACUUUCUGAGAUACUCAGGAUACUCAUGUCCAGAGGGCCCGCCCAGUCUCCUCAGGAGAUGUGUGAGAUCUCCAGGCCCCAGUCCCCAGAGUCCGACAGAGACAUUUUUGGAGCAAGCUGA